GGUAUCCCUCAUAAAGAACGUACAGUCGUACACAGCUACGCAAAAUUCGUGGCAGGAACAGACAUACGGAAACUAGACAGCACUUAUUAACUGUAUUCAAAAUACAGAUUCUCUCCCUUUAAAAUGGUUGGCAUUUUAAUAACCUACAUAUUAUGAUUCGCUCAUCCCAUGACAAUACGGUAGUUUAACUGGGAAGAAUAACAGAAAAUMCAAUGCAGUCGUCGGCAUUUAGGAAGGAUGUUACGGAAUAUCCGUGGGCUUAAACCGGGGAAAGUUAUUUCCUGAAGUUGACCAGGGGUGAAUAAGUCCUGCUUUGAGCUCUCACACCAACCCAACCAGUAGAUGAUUUUCACGACUAAGACAGUUGGUGCCAUUAUAGAACAGCUCGGACACAAAUGAUAAUGGAACCGUCGGGGAACUCUCAGAAGGAUGACAKUGGUGCAAUGGAGAGCUUGCAGGCCCAGCUAGCAGAUUGCCGAGCGCAGCUGGAGCACUGGCAGGGCGUGGCGACAAUCUGCGAACUGAGCAAACAGGAGGAGCUGGGAGAGCUGCAGAGACAGUGUGACCAGGAGAUGCAGUCUCUUCAGGAGGCCCUCAGAGAGACGGCUUCUCAGUAUGAGGCUAGAAUAUCUACUCUGCAAUCUGAGCGUGCCCAGUGGAGGAGAGCCAGUGUGCAGUCUCAGGGCAGUGUAAAGAAGGACGGAGUGGAGGCAGGAGCUAUGCAGUCCGAGGGCCAGUCGACAGACUCUCCCACCAAUAGCCUCAGAGAGCCAAGAACGGACGGAUGGGAUAGCCAACCAGGGGAGGCUGAGGGGCRGGGGGAGGGACCAGGGGAGGGUGAAGGGGCAGGGCUGGAGGGCUAUUUCUCCCAGAACUGUGACUUCGCCUCUUUCUCCUCCUUCUCCUUGGACACGCCCUCACUGCCCCGCCGCCAACCCCCCCAGGAAGACACCGCCUCCCUGGUCUCCACGGGAACCCUGGUGCCUGAGGCCAUCUACCUGCCCCCACCUGGCCACCGUCUGGUCACACACACCGAAUGGMACUCGCUUAACACACAGGUUGUGGAGCUGGAGGGAGAGCUGAGUCGACUGAGGGAAGAGAGGACAGAGCUGGAGAGCGAGCUGGACACACAGACUACUGAGACACACAAACACGUCUCAGUUCUCCAGUCUCAGGUUCAGACCUCGGAGGCCCUCCUACAGGAGCUGCAGAAGUCUUUCAACCAAUCACAGAAUGCCAUCCAUAGCAGGCUGGCAGAGCUGUCUCUCUCUCAGAGGAGGGUGUGUAACGAGCUGUCCAGGCUAAAAGGAGAGGAGAUCGAGGAGACGUUUGGGGCAGGGGACGCCAACACACACCMUGGUCCUACACUACAGGGGGCACACAGUGAGGAGAGGCUGCGUAUUGAGAUCGUCAAUCUGAAGGAACAACUGGAGACCCGCGUGGAGGAGAGCGAAGUUUUACAAGUGCAGCUGUCCAGUCUGAAGACAGAGAUGGAGCGGGUCCAGUGUCAGAAGGAGACACUGCAGUUGGAGCUACAGAACGGUCGCACCGAGCUACAAGGUCUCAGCGUGGCGCUCUCACACCUACAAGGAGACAGCAAGACUCUCAGCCAUGACAAGGCYUCCCUCCAGCAACGGUGUUUGGAGCUGCGUAGCCAGAUUAUCAGUAUGCGUUCUCAGGUGGACACCAGCCAGAUGGUGCAGAGGGACUUUGUCCAGCUUUCACAGUCACUGCAGGUGAAGCUGGAGUUGAUCCGUCAGGCUGAAACUCUGGACCAGGUCAGGGACAUCUUGGAGGAGGGGCUUCCUGAAGAGGGUGCCCCGCCCACUGAUGCCACGUGAGUCUAUCAGAGCAGCACAACAGAGCCAAAGCGACGGGAGAAACAGGAAGUAUUCCAAGGGUGACCAAUAAGAACAAGGCUGGACAUGAAGUGCAACCGUAACCAUGGAGAAAGACUUGACCACUAUCCCCGCUUAGCAAGGCACUGUGAAUAAUCACUGAUAGACAAAUCACCUUUCAUUCCAGACAACUCAUAAUGAGUCAGAUCUGUGCUGGCCUUGUUCAGGCCAAUCCUCUCCAACAUUGGGAAUCACCACCUCAGCUUGUAAUGUGACUUGGAAUAUUUGUACUUUAGAGCUGUUCAAUGAUGAUAUAUUUUUGGUUGCACCUCGACUUGUUGCUUGAGCGCCCUCCACAUCUUUCCAUAUUUGGGCGUUCAUUUUUUUUAUUUUCUCAUGUUCAAUGACCAAACACUCAUUCUAAGACUGAACUUAACCUCCUUUUUUAACUGGACUCAUUAAGAACUUGAAUAUUUGUAUUGAAGUUCCUGACUCGACAUUCCCGCCAGUCGGAUGUGAUGAGAAACACUCCAUUACUGCUUUAGUGGAAGUCACUAAAAUGCAAUAUGUUGAAAAUAGGCCAGUAUCUACUGUAAGUWAUACCGUAUUAUGAUACUUCUGACACAUGGAAAUUACACACGCACACACUCACCCACCUCUCAGGACCAGUGGGCACUUUGCUUGWCUUCCAAUCAUUGAUCUAAAAGCACUGCCCUUGUUGAUACCAGRGAGUAACACUAAAAACUCUAUAACCAACCACUCCAGUGACACAAUUACCUUUUUAGACUUUACCACUUUUUAAAAUGAAGAAUACGAGAUAAGAAACCUGUGAAUGAAUUUUGCAUUCUCUCUUGUUGAUACUAAUUGCCUUAAUAUAUAAAUAUACAUUGAAAGACUA